AUGAAGUGGGCGAUUGUCUCAAGUUUAGUGCUCAGCUUGGCUCUUCCUGCCAUUUCUUCUCCUGUUCCUGCUGAUAAUGAACCACACAAGAUAUAUGACGGGAGAUAUGACUACUCAAAGUCUCAAGCACACCAGGUACGAGGCGCCAACUUAGAAAUUGUCUCUUCCAUGGAAGAAAGACGGUCGGCAUUAGAUCUCGGAUCUUUCCCCCUAGCCAUUCAUCUACCACCCAAUUCUGUUAUGUUCCAGAUCGCAGUAAAAGCCACACCUGGCGAGGGAGGAAAAGUAACAGGAUUCAUCAAGGCGACUUGUGUGGAAUGUUUCACCACCGGCAAUGCAAUCGUUACAACCUCCGGGGUGGAAACGGACGAUUUCAUCUUAGGAGAUAUUCUACAUUUUCUGACAAACCCCAAGGAAAUCAUUGUCGACGCACUUGAUUUGAGCCUAAGACUUGGGUUCCAAGGAGUCACUGGACAUUUCGAGAUAGAUAUUGCCUUCGCUAUAGUAGGAACUUACACCGUUCCUAUAUUCACAUCAGAAAGUCUUCUUGGUAUACAGCUUAAUGAUAAAGACUCGAUUGGGUUGAUAUUUGAGAUUGAAUUAGUGUUUACAGUCACUGCACCGGUGGACGUCAUUGCUGAGUUUGAAGUAGAAUUCCCAGAUGAUAUUUUUAUCAUCCUAAGUCCACUCAGUGGAGAGCUUGUAGAGGAGAAUCUGAAAUGGAUAAAAGCGAAAUCCAUACCAGCAAAAUUCAAGUCCGGAGCUGGAUGCUUCAGUGUAGCUCUCAGAUUCAAAUUGAAGGCAGGUACCUCUGUGGAAGUCUUCAAUUUCGGGUUCAAAUUUGAGGCAGGCGCAUACAUUGACGCUCCUCUAUAUAAGGCUUGCAUUACUUAUCAGCCAAACCAAUUAUGCACACGGAGUUUUACCGAGAAUUUCAUAAUCGACGUUGCUGUCUAUGCUGAAGUAGCCAAAGCAAUUGACUUUCUAACAUGGGCAGCUGGGCCUAUUGUGGUAUCAACUCUGUACAUUGCGCCGUUACCUUCAACGUGCUUUAUCAGUACUACCUCAACAACUCAGAAUGGUCUUGCAUCUUCGACAACAAGCAAUUCUAUUACUCCAACACCAGAACCUGAGACAACUUUUAGUAAGAGUACAUGCAAGAUUCCUUCCACGACUAUCCCGUCAUCCUUGACUACUUCUACAAUCUCUUACUUCUCUGCUGAAGAGUCGAGAAGCAGAACAGAACCAUACUCGACAAAUUCGAGCAAUUCUACAAUUACGAGGGGGAGUUUAUAUGGUUCUGAUGUCUCGGCCGAAGCGACACGUAUACCCAGCGGAGCAAGUUCAGGAACUUCAAUGGCAAUUUCUGCAAACUCAACCAGUGGCUCCAUCUCGCAUACCCGCCCCAUUCAAACAUAUGGUGAUAAGACCGAAUCAUCUCCUAUCGCUGCGAUCAAGAUACCUCGCUCCUCCGAUUCUACUAUCACAAGUGGGGCGCCAUUCCCGAUGGCUACUACCGACCAUACCAUCAUUGUGCCCAUCGAGAGCAAGGAGCAUGAUGAUUUCACAUCUAGUUCAAAUGAUCUUCCAACAAUCACUGUUAAUUCUAAAAGUACUUACACCAUCUACAGCUGUGCAAAGGAAGCCAUCUGGUGUCCAUCAACCCUGCUCUUUCCACUGGUUCUGACAAAGACCAUCGCCGAAUCCGCAGCCACCGGCUCCUCAUUCAGCUCUCCAAUAAGUACCUCUACCAUUCGUACAGUUUCAGAUCAACCGUCUCCUACCUCUAUCUCUCUCCUUCCUCCCGCUCCACUCCCCACCUUUGAAUCACCCCAGACCAUCAAUUCGCAUUUUGCCCUCGGCACUGAUACCCCACACAUCAGCAUCACCGACGAUGCAACGUUCAUCGCUUGCCCCACCCCCAUUAUCGAACGAAUCGAAGCCACCAUCAUCUAUUCAACAAUCGGUAUCUCCAUCGCCGCGUAUUCGCCCACCGUCCCCCAGGUCAUCAGUGGGAGCACCUGGUACGUACCCGGACAAAGCCUAUGGAGUCCCUCAGGACCUACCACCUCAACUGUUGCAACUGGAGGAUCCGGAGGACCAGAAGGGCACCUUGGCGUAGCUAAUAAUACUAUUUCUAGAAGAACCGGAACUUGUACAAUUGCAGCAGGUCUGAGUCGCACUAGAACGAGAGGACUGGGUCCAGGAAAGAUAACAGAGACAGCUUCGGCGACGGGUAGAAGAUGA